AAUAUUUGAUAGAGAUAAACAUAUCAUGAAUAGAUAAAAUGUUUCAAAAUAAAAUAUUGAAAAGAUGUUUGAUAAAUAAUAGACCUUCAAAUUGGCUUAAAAUUUAUACCCUAUUCGAACCAAUAUGAUGACAAUGUCGCCUACUUUGGAUAAGGAACUUCAAAAUUCAUUUAAAAUUUCCCUAACACCUUAUAAUUUUGUUAACACUAAAAUUACAGCCUAGACCUGCUAUUGUUUGAUAUUGACUUAAUUUUUGAAUUAAAGCAUAGAAUAGAUUAAAAAAUGAAUAAAAAUAAAGAGGAAUCAAAAAAC